CUCGUGGGUCCGGUGGUUGGGUUUUCUUACCGGAAGUAUAAAAGAAGUGUAUCCAAUAGGCCCAGGAGUAACCCAGUGGAGGUGAUAAGAGUUGAACUCAGUCGAAGAUGGUGGUGAGAGUCAAAUGAGUGAGAAUGGAAGAUGUCUUGGUGGUGGCAACAACGGACAGGCGGACCUCUGCUGAUCCCACCUUUUCAUCCACACAUUCUGUACAUGAAGUCACUCAUCAGAAUCAGUUUUAUUGGCCAAGUAUGUUUAACACACAAGGAAUUUGACUUGGUGCUGUGUUGUCUUUGUUCAAUGCAAGAAACAAAGCAACAUCUGACAACUACAAGAGACAUCAGUGAUGCUGGAUGUGUUCUGCUUGCUGAAGAAUGAAGCUUCUCUUCUCACAAGAAGAAAACAACGUUGUCAAAUAUUCACCAAAGUGCCAUUAAUUUUCUACCACUUGUGACUUUCGGGGUCGCGGGGGGUGCUGGAGCCUAUAUCUCAGCUGCAUUCGAGCUGAAGGCGGGGUGCACCCUGGACAAGUCGCCACCUCAUCGCAGGGCCAACACAGAUAGACAGACAACAACCACACACUAGGACCAAUUCGGUGUUGCCAAUCAACCUAUCCCCAGGUGCAUGUCUUUGGAGGUGGGAGGAAGCCGGAGUCCCCGGAGGGAACCCACGCAGUCACGGGGAGAACAUGCAAACUCAACACAGAAAAAUCCUGAGCCCAGGAUCAAACCCAGGACCUUCGUAUUGUGAGGCACACGCACUAACCCCUGUGCCACUGUGCUGCCCUCCAAAGUGUCGUAUUUAAUAAAUAAUAAUUGUUGCAAAGGAUCAUCUGUGCAAUAGAAUGAAGGAAAGAAUGUGAGGUAUGUGGGCUGGCAUUGGCCAAAGUUACCUUGUGUAGAGGUCUGACAGCACCUGUUUGGGGUGUGACACAAACACCUAUCAUAAAUGUUUCACUCCUUCAGAGAGAACUGACUGGCAGGCAGGCCGACCAGGUUGGUUAGCUUAGCCUGCUCAAUGUUUUGAAUAAGUGAAAAUGAGGAUUACUGUGGCUUGUUUGGCGCUUGUGACUUUUCUGUGGCCUGUCGUCAGCAGAGGUGACAAAGAUGUUUGGUGUCGUCUCAAUGAGAGCUGCCUUUUACCGGCAAACUCAACUGCUUUAGACGACAUGAUCAUACACUGGUUCAAGAUGUCGCAAGAGGACAUUUUUGUUCAUUCAUACUACUACAAUCUGGACCAGCUGGAACUCCAGGACAAACAGUUUAAGAACAGGACUUCACUGUUCAAGGAGCACAUUAAAGAUGGGAAUUUUACUCUCUUGUUGAAGAACGUGGUUGUUGCUGAUGAGGGAAGGUACAAGUGCUACGUAAAAAACAAAAGUAGUACUCAUACGUCAUUCAUCAAGCUCCAUGUAGAAGCUGCGGUCACCACAAUCAACAUCCAGCAAGAUGGCAACAAUCUGACGUGCAGCUCAAGCGGAAUCUACCCCAAGCCUCAACUCACCUGGUCCACCGAGCCUUUGCUUCCUCACGCCCUCCAGAACGCCACGAAAGUCGACAACGGCACAGGGGAGACACUUUACAGCAUCAGCGGCUGGCUGGUCGUGGCGGGGGACAACACUUCUCAGGUGGACUACAUCUGCCACGUUAGAAGCCACAGCAGCAGGAGGCUCACCUGGAAGAACGGAUCGACUGUCAGCUUUUCUGGAUCAGAGACCGUCAUCAACUGUCCCUUCUUGACUGGUGAAAGGAGCGUCGUCUGGAUGUUCAACAAUCGUACCAUCGUGAAGAUGAGCGACGGCGCUAAGAACAUCAGUGAGGAGUGGAAAGAGCAGAUGAAGGACGUGUCCACUUCAGGCAGCCUCAGUCUGCACAGUCUGUCCAGCGACCAUGAGGGAAGGUACACGUGCCAAGUGGACAACGCCACGGAAACAUGCGUGAUCACCUUCUUCUUGAGGAUGGCGGGCGGUGACAAAGAUGUUUGGUGUCGUCUCAAUGAGAGCUGCCUUUUACCGGCAAACUCAACUGCUUUAGACGACAUGACCAUACACUGGUUCAAGAUGUCGCAAGAGGACAUUUUUGUUCAUUCAUACUACUACAAUCUGGACCAGCUGGAACUCCAGGACAAACAGUUUAAGAACAGGACUUCACUGUUCAAGGAGCACAUUAAAGAUGGGAAUUUUACUCUCUUGUUGAAGAAUGUGGUUGUUGCUGAUGAGGGAAGGUACAAGUUGGACAUAAAAAACAAAAGUAGUAAUCAUACGUCAUUCAUCAAGCUCCAUGUAGAAGCUGCGGUCACCACAAUCAACAUCCAGCAAGAUGGCAACAAUCUGACGUGCAGCUCAAGCGGAAUCUACCCCAAGCCUCAACUCACCUGGUCCACCGAGCCUUUGCUUCCUCACGCCCUCCAGAACGCCACGAAAGUCGACAUCGGCACAGGGGAGACACUUUACAGCAUCAGCGGCUGGCUGGUCGUGGCGGGGGACAACACUUCUCAGGUGGACUACAUCUGCCACGUUAGAAGCCACAGCAGCAGGAGGCUCACCUGGAAGAACGGAUCGACUGUCAGCUUUUCUGGAUCAGAGACCGUCAUCAACUGUCCCUUCUUGACUGGUGAAAGGAGCAUCGUCUGGAUGUUCAACAAUCGUACCAUCCUCAAGAUGAGUAACGGUGCUAAGAACAUCAGUGAAGAGUGGAAAGAGCAGGUGAAGGACGUGUCCACUUCAGGCAGCCUCAGUCUGCACAGUCUGUCCAGCGACCAUGAGGGAAGGUACACGUGCCAAGUGGACAACGCCACGGAAACACGCGUCAUCAACUUCUACUUGAGGAUGGCGGGCGGCCGUUCACGUGUUGUGGACAUCGUGAUCGGGGUGCUGGCAACGCUCGCUGUGCUUGCAGCUGUGGCAUUUAUUUGGUACAAAAAGGAGAAAGGUUCUCGGACACCUCAGCCUACUGGAAUUGAAGAGAAGGAGAUGGAUAUACUCCAGUACUCCUCAGAGGGACAAGCGGUAGAAAAUGGACAGAAAACAGAAGACCAAAGACAAAAACCUCUCCUACAUGACUCAUAAGGCGGCGCUUAACACCAGAUCCAAGUUGUCAUGGAAACAUGUUCACAAAUAAGUUACAUAAGUCAGACGUUUAUGUUGUUUAAAUCAAAUGAAUAUUUCAGGACUGUCUUUAAAGAGUCGACGAUGUAGCGGUUGCUUUAAGGCAGAGGUCUCAGACACGCGGCCCGCAACGUUAUUUUAUAUGAAUGGCGCCUGACAGCGUCAUACUUGCCAACCCUCCCGAUUUUUCCAGGAGACUCCUGAAUUACAGGGCAACCUUUCUCACGAAUGUCUGCCGAUUUUCACCCAAACAACAAUAUUCAGGGCGUGCCGUGAUGGCACUGCCUUUAGCGCCCUCUACAACCUGUACAAACAGCGUGCCAGCACAGUCACAUGUUGUAUUUGGCUUCUGUAGAUACACGUAAGUGACUGCAAGACAUACUUGAUCAUCAGCCAUACAGGUCACAUUGAGGGUGUCCGUAUAAAUAACUUUAUUACUGUUACAAAUAUGCGCCACACUGUGAACCCACACCAAACAAGAAUGACAAACACAUUUCGGGAGAACAUCCGCACCGUAACACAACAUAAACACAACAGAACAAAUACCCAGAAUCCCAUGCAGCCCUAACUCUUCCGGGCUACAAUAUAC